AUGCUGGGCCGCUUUUUUGGCGGACUGUUCGCCACGGCGCCUCUUGCGAUUGUUGGCGGUGUACUUUCCGAUAUUUGGGAUCCAAUCCCGCGAGCGUAUGCGAUCUGUAUGUUCGCCACGGGCGCCUUCAAUGGGCCUUGUGGAGGUCCCAUCGCUGGAGGUUUCUUGACUAUGCAGCCGAAUCUAGGAUGGAGAUGGACGGCCUGGAUCACGUUAAUUCUCGCAGUAUUUUUCGGCAUCAUCGGAUUCUUAUGUAUACCCGAGACCAGUGCCGGAAAGAUCCUGCAGUAUAAAGCCAGGAGACUGCGGUAUGAGACCAAGAACUGGGCCUUGCACAGCAAGAUGGAUGAGAACCCUCUGGACGCCCACCGACUAGUGACUGUUUACCUGGUCCGUCCUUUCGUCAUGAUCGUCCAGGAGCCUAUAUUGAGCUUGAUGACGGCGUACAUGUCUUUCAUAUAUGGCGUGCUUUAUCUGCUCUUCGCAGCAUAUCCAUACAGCUUCCACAACGAGAGGGGCUGGAAUAUCGGUGUCGCGAGUUUGCCGUUCAUCGCUUUCGCGGUCGGCACUUUCCUCGGUCUUGGUACCAUCAUAUACAGCACCCGCACCAACUUCACUAAGUCGUUCGUGAAGUACGGCAAGAUUGUUCCAGAAGAGAGGUUGCCGCCGAUGAUCGUGGGUGCGUUGCUGCUUCCGGCUGGCCUCUUCUGGUAUGGUUGGACCUCGAGUCCAGAGAUCACCUGGGUGCCGCAGGUUCUGUCCACCGUGCUGAUAGGCUGGGGCAUGUUGGUCGGCUUCUGGCAGGCCAUGAACUAUCUCAUCGAUGUGUACGGCUUCUAUUCGAACAGCGCCAUUGCUGUGAACACCUUCAUCAGGAGCAUCGCUGGGGCGGCGUUCCCUCUGUUCACAUACGACAUGUAUUCAGCAUUGGGCGUCCCUUGGGCGACGAGUGUGCUGGGGUUCCUCUGCGUGGCAUUUGCCCCUGUUCCGAUCUUAUUUUAUGUGUACGGGGAGAGAAUCAGAGGGAGGAGUCGCUUCAGGCCUGUGUAG